AUGCGGGUCCUGCGGAUGGGCGUGAGGCAGCGGCGGUUUCGCUGCAAGGACUGUGGCUCUGAGUCAUCUCCUGGAGGGGCUGUCCGCCUGCCCGGUGACGGCGGCACCCCGGGGCCAUCGGCCUCGCCCGCCUGCCCUCGACCCCCGAUGUCGCGGGCCGCUGCGACCCAGGCUUGGCAGUAUAUCUACAUAAUGGGAAUCCAAGAGAGAAAUGAAAAGUUAUUCUAUAGAGUAUUACAAGAUGAUAUUGAGUGGUUAAUGCCAAUUGUAUACACACCAACAGUAGGCCUUGCCUGCUCCCAGUAUGGACACAUCUUCAGAAGACCAAAAUGCUUAUUUAUCUAUAUCUCAGACAGAGGCCAUAUAAGGUCAGUUGUGAACAACUGGCCAGAGAAUGAUGCUGUUGUCAUCACUGAUGGAGAAAGAAUAUUGGGUCUUGGAGACCUAGGUGUGUAUGGGAUGGGAAUUCCAGUAGGAAAACUGUGUUUGUAUACAGCCUGUGCAGGAAUAUAUCCAGAUAAAUGUUUGCCUGUGUGCAUUGACAUUGGAACUGAUAAUACAACACUCUUAAAAGAUCCAUUUUAUAUAGGCCUAUACCAAAAAAGGGAUCGCUCACAGGUCUAUGAUGAUCUAAUUGAGGAAUUUAUGGAAGCCAUUACAGGUAGAUAUGGCCAGAACACACUUAUCCAAUUUGAAGACUUUGGAAACCACAAUGCUUUUUGGUUUUUAAGAAAACACAGAGAGAAAUAUUGUGCCUUCAAUGAUGAUAUUCAAGGGACAGAUUCAGUGGCCUUGGCAGGACUGCUGGGAACACAGAAAGCCACUAGUAAACCACUUGCAGAGCAGAAAGUGCUGUUCCUUGGAGCAGAAGAGCGGCACUCGCUGGUCGGCAGCGCAGCUUCGCGGCGGCACUUUCUCCGCGUGGCUCCCGGGUGCUCCGCAGUGAAUCUCUGCCUGCUCUGGCUGCUCCGCGCUGGUCAUGGCCCCUACAUUGGUCGCCACUAG